AUGACAAUGUUUGCCCAUAACUUUAUUUACAUCUUAAGUGGUGUUGUAAUUUCACUAAUAUUGUGUAUUAGUGAAGCAAAUGGAAUCACCAAUGAGUCUUCUAAUCAGUGUGCUCAAUAUAAUCAUGAAUUUUGCGUCUCAGAUGAAGACUGUAUUGAAAUAACGCACGCGAAAUGCUCUACGGAGAAGAAAUGUGUUUGCAGAGCGAAAAAUCUCAGGUUAAACGAAACAUACUGUGCGCCAAUACUGGGAGGAUUUUGUUGGAAGAACGAGACGUGCGUAACUAGAAAUGCUCUGUGCAUUAAAAAUCAGUGUCGUUGCAAGAAAAACUACUCAGUGAGCGAAGAUCAGUGCUUACCAGUUUUCAUAGGCUCACAUUGCAGUUAUGAUAGAGAUUGUGCUAAAAUAAAAUUUGCAAAAUGCUCGGAAAAUAAUUAUUGCGAUUGUUCACUCAAUACAGUUGUUAUAGAAAACAAUUCAUGUGGAUCGGUGUUAGAUAGUUACUGUGCGACGGAUAGCGAUUGCCUAGGCACAAAUUUGGUAUGCAAGAACAAUAAAUGCCAAUGUAGGCCAGAAUACGUCGCUAUCAAUAGAAAUCAAUGCAUACGACCUAAUUCAGGAAUUUCCUGCACUAAUGAUGAUUUUUGCAAAGUUUUCAUGAAUAAUGCAAUAUGUGCCGAAAAUAACACAUGUAUUAGUAAUCAGGAUAUUGACCAAGUGAAUCAAGAGACAUAUGUAUCAUUGGACACGAUUGAUAAGUGUAGAGUUUAA